AAAAUGCAAACCACAGAAGGGAGUUUUUCUUUCCAGGAAAAGCGUCGCUGGGAGGAGCAGAAAGAGAUGAUCGGUGAUACCAGUCUGUCCUGAGAAAAGAAGAAACACAAACACACCUGAAUCACAUCAUCUACAGAAAUGGAGAGAAUCACAUUGAUGUCUCUUCUGUUCACAGCCGUGGUCAGUUCAUCUCCACGUCAGUAUCACUUUGUGAAUCAGAGGAUGAACUGGACUGAAGCUCAGAGAUACUGCAGAGAAGAACACACAGAUCUGGUCACUAUCAAUGACAUACAAGAACAGAACGAGAUAAAACAGCUCAUAAACAGUAACUCUGAGCGUGUCUGGAUUGGGCUGAAGGACUCAUGGAUGUGGUCUCUGACUGACCCUGACUUCUACAGAGGAGAUGAGUCUCAGUAUAGGAACUGGGGAACAACACAACCAAAUGAAAAGGGAGACUGUGUUUCUAUGAACACUGAUGGACAAUGGAAUAAUAUAAAGUGUGGUACCACAAGGAGUUUCAUCUGCUAUAAUGUCAGUACAGGAUUCGUCCCUGUACAGGAACCAAAGAACUUCACAAACGCUCAGAAAUACUGCAGAGAGAAACACACAGCUCUGGUCAGUGUGAGGAACCAGAGUGAGAAUGAAGAGAUUAGGAACAUCAUAAAGCAGAACCUAACUUCUCCUAAAGAAUCCUGGAUCGGUCUGUAUAAAUUCUGGGUUUGGUCAGAUAACAGCCCUGUCACAUUCUUAUACUGGAAACAAGGUGAACCUGAUAACAUCCCUAACGGAAACAGCAUCUGCACCUCGACUGGUUUCAGUGCUGAAGGACGAUGGACAGACGAGUACUGUAGAGAACCGCAUCCCUUUGUGUGUUAUGAUGAUAAACUGGUUCUGAUCCGAGAGAAUAAGACGUGGACUGAAGCUCUGAGAUACUGCAGAGACAGAGACAUGGACCUGGUGUCGGUAUAUUCGGAGCAGAUACAGCGACGGGUGAUGGAUGUGACCUCGAGAGCCUCGUCCAAUCACGUGUGGCUGGGUCUGCGUCACUCCUGUGCACUAAGAUUCUGGUUCUGGGUCAACGGUAACACCAUGUGCUACAAUCAGUGGGCUCCUGACUACACCAUUGGACUGGACGACUGUGUUAAUACGGUCAGAUCCGGAGCCAUUCGGACCUGCGACAAUCGCUGGAUCAGCCUCCCUGAAACUGAUAGAAACAACUUCAUCUGCGUCAAGUGAGCGCUGGAGAGAAAUGGAAUCCCGGUUAUAAAUAUUUAGUACUUGCAAUUAGAUUACACUACAUUUUAAAAAUCCAAUAGUUAAUUUCUUAUGGAUUACACAAUGCCAGUAAAUUAUUAAUGUAAUCACAUAAUUAACCAAAAGGGCUCAAAUCUAGCCACAGACUAAAUAUGUGUGGAAUGUCAUAUAAUAAUAAUCUACCCACUUAAAGCAGAUUUAUAAUCAGGAAGCUUUCUGUAAUUGAACUCAAAUAAUCUCUAUUUUAACCAUUAAGUCUUUUUUCAUUUUUUUACUUGUUAAUCAAAUAUUUGAUUCAGUUUGAUUCAGACUCGAGGUGAUGGAGACAAAUAUUUACUAUGUUUUCUUUCAGUUCACAUUGAUAGGUAAUUUUUUUUAUUGCAUGUUACUUUUGCUGCAUUUAGUACUUACUGCACAUUUAUUUUUCUGGAACUGAUAUGUUUUGCAAAUUUCUUCUACAAUGACUACAAAUGUAAUCAUACACAACUAUAAUACAUUCAACUUAAUUUUUUUUGUGUUUUAACCCAUGGUUUAGCAUCUUAAAGAGGUUUUACUUCCAUAUUGUGCCCAAUUCGACAAACUGACAAAAAGACCUUUUGUGUUUAGAAAGGAGCAUUUUCAGAUUUGAAUUAAAGAUUAAGGCAAACUUAUUUAUUUUUUGUGGAUUGACUGAUUGAUUGGUUUACUACAAAAAUAGCAACGUGAGCUAACAAAAUAAAUAUAAUCCAUUUUGAUUUCAUGUGGGCUUUAAGAUGCGGAUAUGUCACGUUGUUGGUUUCGUUUUCCUUGUUUCUUGCGUUUCCUUUUUUUUUUAGUAUGUUCUCAUUUGUCACCAUAGUUGCUGAUUUAGGUUACUCACCAUGCUUCCUUCAUUAUUGUAUAUUUAUCAUUCCUUCACUUGGCAUUAAAAAUUGUUGGCAAAUGUGUGUGAUGUCCCUGUAUAAAACCAUCUACAAUGAAUACAAAACAUAAAUUGAUAAAUGUAACGAUUGUAUACAAAGAUAAUAAAGAUUCAUUGAGUGAUAUUAGGAAUAAAAUCAUAUCACAUCAAUCAAAUUUGUGCCAAA